GGAUGAAUCCGUCGGCUCUGUCUCCCAAAUUAUACCGACCUUUCUGCCUUGCCCAUCGCCGAUCAAGACGAAGCGCCGCACGCCGGUUCCCUUGGCUCACACCCGCCAACGUUCGUCAGUCGGUCAGUGCCGGCCGGGUCGGGUCCAUGGCGGAGAAGAAGGUCGUGGUGAAGCUGGACCUGCACGACGACAGGCACAAGCAGAAGGCCAUCCAGGUCGUCUCCGGUCUCCACGGAAUAGACGACAUCGCGGUGGACAUGAAGGACCAGAAGAUGACGGUGAUCGGCACCGUCGACCCCGUCCACCUCGUCGAAAGGCUGCGCAGCAAGUUCUUCGCCACGGCGCAGAUGGUCUCCGUCGGCCCGGCCAAGGAGGAGAAGAAGGACGCCGCCAAGAAAGAAGACGAAAAGAAGGAGGCCGACAAGAAGGACCCGGACAAGCCGCCGGCGUGCCCGCCGUACUGCUGGUAUGGGCUGCCGCCGCCGUACCACUGCCCCUGCAGCGCCGAGGAGGACCCCAACUCGUGCGUCAUCUGCUAAAAUCAGCGCGCGCCGCCGAUUCCCUCCUCUGUAUAUUUUGUAGCUGGCCGUGUGCUGCGCUGCCGAUCGAUCAUGCCUUCGACGGUGAUCGACGGCGCACGCUAUACAUAAGGUCAUGUAUCCGGUUAGUCCCUUACCCGGCAGGUGUGCAUCGGCUGCGUUUAUAAAGUGCAGAUAUGGAAUGGAAUCAGAGUGUGGAGAAAAGAUCAAA